AUGCGUCGUGCGCCUGUAAUUCGCACUACUGAGACCCUCUCUCCCAAGGAGCUAUACGAUGUCGUAUGUGCUGCCGCGUCGCAAGACCCCGUCCCGGUGCAGCAGGCCACGACGCGCUUGAAGGAGUUGCUAGAGUUGCCUGGUGCAUUUGAUGUAUUGCACGAGAUAGCUGCGCAGAAAAUUGUCGCAUUGCAGGUGCGACAGCAGAGCAUCAUCCAGUUCAAGAACGCUGCCUUGAGCCGUUGGAGAUCUCGAAGGUAUCUGAAUGAUGCACAGAGAAUCCAUAUCAGGACACGAUGUCUCUCCCUCCUGGACGAAGCCGACGAGACAAUAGCCCAGUGUAACGAAAUUAUCAUUGCCAAGAUAGCGCGCCAUGAUUUUCCCAGUGGCUGGCCAACCCUAAUAUCACAGCUAAUGGGUGUCAUCAAUUCCAACAUGGAGUCGCGCUACGUUCGAGGAGAAGCCGGGUCUGAACUACCGCUCCGUCGCAGCCUGGAGAUUCUGAACGCCAUCCUUAAAGAAUUUACCAGUAUAAAGUUGCCAGGCGGUGUGAAAAUUACCGGCCAACUUGUAGAAGAAUUGCGCUCAGUCCUGUUGGCCCAUUACUCUUUGAUCAGCACGUCGUUCCCCUCAUCGCUUAACCCUUCCACUAUCGCGCUCCCACGUUCAGCAGAGGAUCUGCUAUUUGCACAUCUCGUCCUAAAAUGUGUGUUCCGUGAAUUCUUCCAUUAUUCCGCAACGCGCCUGCAAGCACUGUCGGAGUUGCGCAUCAACCUGGUGCUGGCUCUGCAGGCCGUGCCCGCGAACGAGGUAGCGCGGCGCUCGGCCGAGCUGCUCGCCCGGCAUGUGACCCUUUUCGGGCGCUUCUUCCAGCGCAUACAGAGGCUGUCCAGCAGCCGGUUCGUCACGCUCCCCGUGUGCGGCGACCUAGUGCUGUACUAUUGGAGCAAGGUCGUGCAGGCAGCGAAUGGCCCACAGGAGUACAUCAGAGAUUCUCCGGAUGCGGUAUUCCCGGUGCGUUUCCUGGUGCAAGCCAUGGUGCUGUUCAAGGACAGCCUGGCACAGUGGGCGCCUGUGCGGAAAGACGGGACUGAGAACGACAGAGUCCUAUCGAAGAGUUUUGUUGAGGAUGCAGUGCGACUGCUCGUCACGAGAUACAUUCCACUCAAGCCCUCCGACCUGGAAGACUGGAUGGCUGAUCCAGAGGAGUGGGUCCGCACUGAGGAGCAGGACAACGAGCAGUGGAUCUUCGAACUAAGGGCGUGCGGGGAGCGCGUCCUGGUAAGCCUAGCGAAUCAGUAUCGCCAGUACGUCACUCCUCUUCUCGAAGCAACUUUUAAGCAAGUUGUCGGACAAUACAGCAUCGACCUCGCAGGCAUUUUACAGAAGGAAGCACUCUACUGUGCCAUCGGCCGCUGCGCACCCCGCCUCAAGGAGGUCAUUCCAUUCAACGAGUGGCUCUCGCGCACGUUGCUCGCAGAAGCUCGCGAGACAAACGCGAACUACCCGAUACUGAAGCGCCGCAUCGCCUGGCUCAUCGGGAAAUGGAUAUCGGACAUGUGUUCGCCCGCAAACGACCCGAACAUCUGGACGGUCCUCGUGCACCUGCUACAGGACCGUGGACCGGGCACGGACGUCGUCGUGCGCCUGACCGCGGCGAUGGCGCUACGCGAAUGUGUCGACACGAUAGAGUUCAACGAGAACGUCUUCGCGCCGUUCUUAUCGACGGCUGUGAACGAGCUCGUGCUGCUCAUGGCAGAGAUGGACUCGGUGGACAGCAAGCGCCAGGUUGCGAACAGUCUGAACGCUGUGAUCGAGCGUGUGGGGACGCGGAUCAUCCCUCUGAUUCCCAAUGUUGCGGAACCAAUACCUCAAUUAUGGACCGCCGCGGAGGGAGAUUGGUUGAUGAAAGCGUCGCUGUUGGUCACAUCCGCGAAAGAGCAUUCGCAGUCUCUGCAUGUUCUAGUUGUCGCACUAGUCCGCGAGAGCUUCAUGCCGGGUGCUGCUGUGCAACUCGACGAAGAUGCGUUCGUCCUUUGGCAGAGUGCUCUUCGGAAUGCCACAACCAUAGAGAGUGUCAGCGGUGGGCCUGGCCUGAUCGAUCUGUUCCCUCUGGUCGUGUCCCUGCUCUCGCAGAACCUAGACUUGCUCGGGAGCAUUGGCAGCAUCAUCGAAUCGUACUAUCUUCUCAACGCGCCGCGCGUCCUGCAGCUCUACGCGGUGGAUUUAUUCCGUGCGUAUGUGACGGCGAUCGGCCAGGCACCGCCGAUAAAUAUCAAGGAUAUGAUCACCAGCCUGUCUGUGCUAUUCCAAGUCGCGCCGUCGUCGCUGUGGGGCGAGGCCUUGCACGUGUCUUCUCUGUUCGCACUCGCUAUCAAGGCGCUCAGUGAUGACAAGGAUUCGACAACCAUUUUGACAGAGUAUGUCUACUUUUUCGCCCGGAUCGCCAUGGCGGACAAGCGGGUCUUCCUCCAGCUGAUGUCUGCGACGGCGAUGGCACAGAACGUCCCGGAGCCGACACUUUGGGAGGCGCUGCUCAACCAGUGGUGGACACGGUUCGACAACAUGUCAGAGCCACGGCAUCGCAAGCUCGCCGCCAUGGGCAUUGCAGACCUCGUGUCGACGGGCCGACCGGAGGUGCUCAACCGCCUCUCGUCGGACGUCUGCAACCUCUGGAUGGACGUGUUUGGCGAGAUCCGGGAAGCGCGAGAAAUUGCUUCGAUCGAAGACAGCUCGGGGCUAACGCUGUAUUGGGACCGCCCGCUGACGACGUUCUACCCGCAGUCAGAGGGCACACCAGAGUUUGCGCGAUGCAAAGCAUUGUACGAUAACGACCCGGUGCGGACGGCCCAACUGAGGACCUACGUCGGUGCACGCAUCCAAGAGGCCGAGAUGGCUUGUGGCGGAGGUGCCACCUUCCAGAGCUUGUACCUUGAGAAGGCAGAUCCACUGUUGCUGAAGCAGAUCCAAGCAGAGCUAGGGAAGCGGCCAUAG